AUGGAGCAUCUGCCCUGGUAUCCGCUAUCCGAGGUAGGGCGAGUCCGAGUGCCAUUUAUAUGCGGCGACGAUCAUAUUUGCAACGGCGACCAUUUUCUUGACUUCGCCCAGCAGCUGGGUUGGGAAUCGGAUCAAUUUGAGUCAUUUGCCCAGCUCGCCAGGCGAGCACAAGCUUGGCUGUUUUUUGGUCUGCUAGGAAUAGUCGGCAUUACCCCAGAUCAGUGUAUCAGCAAAACUUCUCCCAGAGGAGCGAGAGUGUUGGCGGGAACGGGAGAAGUGUCGACAACAACAGUGGCUGGACCGUCAGCGGGGCCAGACGAACAACCAUUAGUCGACACCUCCGCUCUUCCGACUCUUCUGAGCAAUCUCCGCGACCGAAAUCAUGACGAACUUCUUGCUCUAAAAUUCCGACUGACGGAAGCUACAGCCAAAGCCAAUCACAUCCUAACCGGAGAAUGGAUACCUCUUAUCCGACACUACGCAAAAACGCAAGAUACUCUCACACUGUGGAAUUCUAAGCCUUACGCCAUUUUGUUUAGCAUUGAUGUGCUAUUGGAUACUCUCCAAGACACUGUAGCCGACAUCUCUCCCCUAGAGUUGCGACCCGAAUUGAGAAAAGUCCGGCGAAAAUCUCUUUUGCCUGAUCUCACAUCAGUUGUUGCGAAUAGCCUGCGUUACGUGGGAAAGUGUGGCAGUCUAGCUCAUCGGCUUGAUCUGAAGUCUUCCGAAUUCUACCAUCUUCUUUCGUUACCGAAUGGUCUGAAUGUAAAUCAUUCGCGGUGUGCGAAGGCCCAUUGCAGCUGCUUCGACAUAAAUGAGCAAACUUACCGCACGAAACAUGUGGAUGACUGUAUCAUGUGCGAAAAUCAUACAGUUCUGGAAGCAGACCUUGUGCGUAUCAUCCGGCAGGAUGAAGUUCCUCUUAUUCGCAGCACCACGGACAAAUAUGGGAAUGUUACGAUCGCGAUCGUAAAGAUGACAAUCGAUACCGACUACAUCGCCAUCUCACAUGUUUGGGCUUGCGGACUCGGCAAUUUCCAGAACAACGGUCUUCCGCAAUGUCAACUGCAAGUAAUCGAUUCGAUUCGAGCUAUCAAUUCCAUGGGGAGGAUCUACGCCGGCGCAGCCAAAGUACUCGUCUUGGAUCCUGCUCUGCACAGGAUUAGCCUUUCAAGCCUACAGAGAAGGGAGAUGGAGAUAGAUAAGGCCCACCACAAGGAACUAAGCGUCACUAGGGCCAAUAUGCUCGUUGACGCGUCGCCAUGGAUGGCGCGUAGCUGGCCGCUCCAAGAAGCCGCACUAGCUCCCAGAAUAUACGUCCAAUUCGCCGACAAAAUGUUCAAUUACAGUCACAAGCGUCUAGGAAUCGCAACCAAUUUGUCGAGCAUACCUGACCAAGACUUGAACGAGAGUCGCCUUGUCUGGGCAGACCCUUUUGAUGAUAGUAAUGAAUUCCUUACCGGAGAGGCUCUACCGUACUCACCGAAUACUGAAUUUAUCAAAGUCUGGAAUCAACUCACCAAGAGAACUACUUCGUACUCGGAGGAUGUUCCGGCGAUUUUUGCAGCGCUCCUAUAUAAGAGCGCAGGAGAGCUCCUAUCGGUUGCGCCCUGUUAUCGUACGCAAGCAAUUCUGCGCUCUCUCGACUUCUUACCCUUAGACAUCCUCACCUCCGAGCGCGAGAGUCUAGGACGAGAGGAUAGCGCAAAUGGUUCUAACACGGACUGGGUUCCGAGACUACCAGGCUCUCGGAUUCCGGUACCUACGCUGGACCCCGCAUAUGGCAUCUUACAACGCGUCGCUAACGGCUUCCUCAUUCAACGGCAAGAGAUCCAGGAAAUUUCCCACUCGACCCGUGCCCUAGUCUGUCCCUCUGGUCUUCCAUCAUCUGGUCGCUUCGCCCUCGCAGACCCUAAUUUCAAAGAGACUUUUCGUGUGCAAAUUAAUGCCUUUACACCUAACUCGAAAGACAAAAGCAGAGGCUACGAGACUCUAGAGGGGCCUCAUCUAUUAUUGCUUAUUUCCAAACCAUCAAUCGAAGAUUGUCUCUGGAAUAGCGGGGUCUUGUUUGCAAUCUGCGAGCAUACUGAGGAUGUUCUUCGUGUACAACUUGUCAAGUCUACAGUCACCUGGUGCCUCCAGCAUAAUAACGAGCAUAGCUCGGAACCGUACAUAGUGAAGGAUAGGAUUAAGGCAGCAAACCCGUUCUCAAUACUAAUCGAAAUGAUGUAUCCCUUCCAAUACUGGCAGGCGCAGGUUGGGGAAUUUGGUAGCUUGAGCUUCUUAGAACCGGUAGUCUUGGUAACUCUGUCUCUGGUGCUAGUUUCGAUAGGAGCCAUCCUCUUAGUUCUGAUCACAAUUGGUGACCGACCAGUCGCUGCGUACUUUAUUGCUCUGGGUGUCGCAAUUAUCGUAUGUAUUCAUGCUACAAUUGCUUGGGCGCGUACAAUAAACCUCCGCGCGGCAAUCCGUCGACGGUCUCGCUAUUUCUGGGCUCUUAGCUUCUGGGACGAUGGCCAAGCGCGCAAGAUCUUAUCUAGUGUACCCAACCCGAUUCCGUCAGGCGCCGUGUUUGUUGACCUAGCCCUUAUGGCCAGCCUCAUUACACCAUUGUCUGUGCUGUCUGGGCGAGUAAUUGACUUAAGCAACGCCAACGCUAGCCUCUUGAUAGUCGGAGUAUGUCUUAUCAUGUUUGCCACAGUAUCGCCAUACCUCUUCCGUUUCCCACUCCUCAUUUAUAUGCGCCUGCAGUGGUAUUUCAGUACUUUCGAGUACCGUACUAAUGGCCAAACAUCGCCGCGAGUGAACGUAGCACUCAGAUUCAUAUCAACAUGGCUGCAGGCUAAUUUCCUCACUCAAUUGAUCUCCUUGAUGGCUAUCCUAGUCUCCGUUACCAUGUGCACCAUGUUUUUCUUCUUAUUGAAAGCCACCCUUCUCGAGGAUGAGAAAGGAGGAGAGUCUUUAUGGCGGCUACUACCACCACGGAUCAUGGUGGCCGUCAUACUAGUUGUCAUUCUAGGUGUUUCUAUAAGACUUCUAGCCUCUGGAACCGGCAUGCUUGUUCGGGACACUAGACGGCGUAUACAGUGGAUGUAUGAGCAUAAUAGCGCGGUUAGUCAAGAGAAUCAUGAGACCUCUGAUCGUAAUAUUCAGCUAGUGUAA